AAUAUAGAGUGGAUUAUGGAAGUGGAAAUAGAGAUAGAAUGCAUGAGGAGAUAGACGUUUUGAUUGUGGCGCUCACUAAAAAGCAGAGCAGAGGAAAGGAAAGAAAAAGAGAGUUGUUGUCUUGUGUCGUGUUUCUAGUUUCUACUGCCAUCGCCCAUCAGUCAUGACUAUGAGCAUGCCUGAGCCUCAGCCUCAGCCUCAGCCUCAGCCUCAGCCUCUCCACUGCCUCCUUCUCCUCUUGCUACUCUCUGGCCUGGCUCUCUCCUCCGCUUCCCAGCCUCGCAACCCCGAAGUGGAGGCUCUGAUGAACAUUAAGUCCUCUCUCAAUGAUCCACACGCUGUCUUAAACAACUGGGAUGAGUUCUCCGUCGACGCUUGCAGUUGGGCCAUGAUCACUUGCUCUUCCGAUUACCUUGUCAUAGGCCUGGGUGCGCCUAGUCAGUCUCUUUCCGGAACUUUAUCUCCAGCUAUCGGAAAUCUCACCAAUCUUCGACAACUGUUACUGCAGAACAACAAUAUCUCAGGCAAUAUACCACCCCAACUCGGAACCCUUCCCAACCUUCAGACUCUAGACCUUUCCAACAACCGAUUCUCGGGGGUCAUCCCUGCAUCUCUUAGUCAAUUGAAUACUCUUCAGUACCUGAGGCUCAACAACAAUAAUUUGUCCGGAUCCUUUCCCGUGUCAUUGGCCAAAACCCCACAGCUUGCUUUCUUGGACUUGUCUUAUAACAAUCUCAGUGGACCAUUGCCCAAGUUCCCUGCCAGGUCAUUCAAUAUUGUGGGGAACCCAUUAGUUUGUGGAAGUAGCACUACGGAUGGUUGCUCUGGCUCAGCAACCCUCAUUCCAUUUUCUUUCUCACAAGUGUCAUCACAAGGAAACCACAGGUCCAAGAAAUUAGCAAUAGCACUUGGGGUUAGUCUUAGUUGUGCGUCUCUCAUCCUCCUGUCUUUUGGGCUAUUUUGGUAUAGAAAGAAACGGCAGCAUGGAGCCAUCCUAUAUAUCAGUGAAUUUAAGGAAGAGGGAGUUCUUAGCUUGGGGAAUCUUAAACAUUUUACUUUCAGAGAGCUCCAACAUGCCACGGAUAAUUUCAGCUCCAAGAAUAUACUUGGUGCUGGAGGCUUUGGCAAUGUCUACAGGGGUAAGCUUGGAGAUGGCACAAUGGUGGCGGUGAAAAGGCUGAAAGACGUAAAUGGUAGUGCCGGCGAAUCUCAGUUCCAAACCGAGUUGGAGAUGAUCAGCUUGGCAGUUCACCGCAAUUUACUUCGCUUAAUCGGAUAUUGUGCUACUCCCAAUGAAAAACUUUUGGUUUAUCCUUACAUGUCUAAUGGCAGUGUGGCCUCCAGGCUUAGAGGCAAACCAGCGCUAGACUGGAACACAAGAAAGAGAAUAGCAAUUGGAGCUGCCAGAGGCCUUCUGUAUUUGCAUGAACAAUGUGAUCCAAAGAUAAUACACAGAGAUGUAAAGGCCGCCAAUGUGCUUCUGGAUGACUAUUGUGAGGCUGUUGUUGGUGAUUUUGGACUUGCAAAGCUCCUUGAUCAUGCUGAUUCCCAUGUUACUACUGCUGUCCGUGGCACUGUUGGCCACAUAGCACCAGAGUAUCUCUCCACCGGGCAAUCAUCUGAGAAAACAGAUGUAUUUGGAUUUGGCAUUCUCUUGUUAGAGCUCAUAACCGGAAUGACAGCACUUGAGUUUGGGAAAACGGUGAAUCAAAAAGGUGCUAUGCUAGAGUGGGUUAGGAAAAUUCUACAUGAAAAGAAGUUUGCGGUGUUGGUGGACAAAGAACUAGGAAACAAUUAUGAUCGAAUAGAAGUGGGGGAGAUGCUGCAAGUCGCUUUACUGUGUACUCAAUAUUUGACAGCCCACCGUCCUAAAAUGUCCGAAGUUGUCCGAAUGCUUGAAGGGGAUGGACUUGCUGAGAAGUGGGCAUCAUCACAUAAUUAUGGCAAUCACGACAUGAACCCCAGCCACGGCAACAACAGCAAUAGUACAUCCCGCCCUAACUCUGCUUCUAUACAUGAUGAUGUUCAUGAUCGUUCCAGUAUGUUUGGCAUGACAAUGGAUGAUGAUGAUGAACAGUCUUUGGAAUCCUAUGCCAUGGAACUCUCUGGUCCUAGAUAAACAAGAAAUGGGGAAAAGAAAACAGCAAGAUAGAAAAGCAGAAAGGAGUUCUCUUUGUCAUAAAUCUCAAUUAAUUUAGCUUUGGUUAAUGGGUUAUUCUAUGGUAUAUAAUCAAAUCAAAUGUGUAUAUAUAUAUUCUAAAAAGUUGUCAUUUUCGGUUUGUAUUGUAAAUAAACAGUUAAGUAGCACUGGUGAUGUUGUACUCAUGUUCCUGUGCAUUUGGAUGCAAAAUAUAUUGUUAAGUGUAGAAAAUGGGGUAGGUGGGUGCGCAAUACGCACGUUAGACUUUGUAUAGGGUGGACAGAGAGCAUCAUCAGAUUCUUUGCUCUCGAGUGUGUUCCUCAGAAUGAUAUUCGACAGUUUUGACUGAAGAUGAAGAUGGGCAUGCAUAUUGCAGUGUCCUCUCGCAGUUGUCUUGUUCAAGUAUGUGUGUUCAAACUUGAAAAUAUCAGUGUGUGAUGGUCACAGUCUGAGCUUUUGAGCUGUUAGAGGUCAUUGUCGAUCUGAUGCUUUGCAGGGCCACGCUUGCUGCACUUUUUCUCAAUUUGGUGUCUUUUCGUAUGUUCUUUUACUUUACUGUCUUCGUUACUCGUAUAGUAUUGCAAUUUUUUCCCUUUUUCUAUUAUUCAUUUCCUUUGACUC